GCGCUGACGACGCACAGCGCGGGCUCCACGACGAAGACGCGGCGCUGGACGCCGAGCGGACAUGGCAUGGCGAACGAACGCACCCUGCCCAUGCUCCUGCUCAACCUGGGCGGCGAGAUGGUGUACAUCCUGGAGCAGCGGCUGCAGGCCCAGCGCGUGCCGCAGGAGAAGGCGGACAAGGUGCUGCUGGACAUCUGCCGGCUGCUGCUGCACGACCGCUUCAUGGUGGAGCUCCUCGUGCCGCAGCCCCUCGGCCACGUGGCGGCGCUGCGCACCUUCUUCCGCGACCUGGCGCACGCCUCCAUCAUGCGCCUGGACGACGACUCCAUGUCCAAGAUGUGGGACCUCAUGACCAUGGCGGUGAAGCAGCAGGCCCUGCGCGCCGACUCGCCCGGCGAGCUGCUGCAGGCCACGCUCAACCACAUCGAGUACAUGGGCGAGCACGUGCCGGGCGUGGCGGCCGAGGCGGAGCAGGCGCGGCAAGGGCUGCUGGCGUUCUACUCGCGCAUGCCGUCCGGGGAGCUGCAGGCCGUGCGCUACGGCGUGCUCAACUACCUGCAGGGCCUGGCCGUGAGGGUGUCGCUGUACCUCAAGCACGGCCUGCAGGACAUGCACGGCCGCCUCCUGGUGCCCAAGGACGGCCCCGUGCCGCCAGGGUGCGAGCCGCCGGGGACGAUGCGGAUCAUGGACGGCGGCGGCAGGGAGGUGGACACCGUGGUGCAGGUGCUGCACUUCCCCGCCGGGGGGCAGUUCACGAGUCCGGCCAGGGACGCGGGGCCCGGCGGCAACACGGAGCUGGGCUGCAACCUGUACUCCGAGUUCGAGGACCCCGGCGGCGUGGCCACGGCC